AGAAGGGGUAAAGCAAGGCAGCUCACUAGAUAUCAGGCAGUUCAGACUAACAGGAUUAAACAUGGGCUUCUUCGCUGCAAGACUGUUCCCAACCGAGAAAGACUGAACUGUUCGACUGAGGAGUUUUUCGUCUUCAGAGGGGCUCAGCGCUCUAGCUCUGGAUUAAGGGCAUUAACUCGUUUUUCAGCGGUUCCGAUCCAGUUUAAUACUCGACAGUCCGAUAGCUUGGAAAGCGAUUAAAGCACAAUGAACAAGUUGAACAUGGAUCUUUCAGAUUCCGGGUGGCUGCACGUGAAGGCUGGAGGAGGAAGAGAAUGGAUAGAAAGCCACUUCAACAAGAAGGAAUGUGCAAAGUUUGUCGGCAGCAAGAGAGAUCCAAGGAAAUGUGGAUGUGGCAGGAGUCUUGCGUUCCACCGGCAGCUCACUAGGACGUCACACCUCAGAUCCUCGGGAAGCUCAAAUUUAUGGAAUUCAAAAAACCACACAGUCUCCUUGGCAACAGAUGCCUAUGGAUUGCUGGAAUUCCAGGGAGCUGGGCAUGGCAACAAGGCGAAGUACAUCCGGCUUGCAGAUGACACCAACCCCGAGCUCAUCCUGCACCUCCUGAAGAGGCACUGGAACCUUGGUCUGCCCAACCUUCUCAUCUCCAUGCGAGGUGGUCUCCAGGACUUUGCCAUGCAACCCAAGCUCAAGAGGGUCCUCUGCAAGGGUCUGAGCAAGGCAGCCAGGACCACGGGGGCCUGGAUCAUGACCGGUGGCACCAACACAGGAGUGACCAUGACUGUGGGCAACGCUCUCAACAACCACUCGGUCAAGAUGCGCGGCCGUGUAGUGACCAUUGGUAUCGCACCCUGGGGGGUACUCAACAGCAGAGAGAGUCUCAUUGGUCAAGAUACUGUCCGUCCAUACCAUUCUGUUGCCUGUCCGGUCAGCAAAGGCUUCAAGCUCAACAGCCAUCACACCCACUUCCUUCUGGUGGACAAUGGGACCGUUGACCAGUAUGGCUGUGAGAUGCUGGUCAGACGCAAGUUUGAGAAGUACCUAUCCAUGCAGAAUGUCAGUGCCAGACGUCAGGUGCCUGUCGUUACCGUGGUGGUGGAAGGUGGAGCCAAUGUGGUUCGUACAGUACUAGCCAACGUCAGCGGGGAUCCACCUAUACCCGUCGUAGUCUUUGAUGGAACGGGGAGGGCAGCAGAUAUCAUCGCAUUCAUGCACAAGUACAGCAAUGAUAGUGGGACGUUAUCGGCUCCGCUGAAAGAGCAGCUGCUGGAAACGAUCAAACACACGUUUGAUUUCACACUCGUACAGAGUGAGACGCUUUACCACGAGCUUGAGCAGUGUAUGAAGAACAAAGAAAUGAUCACUGUAUUCUGCUUGGGUACAGAAGGAGUUGAAGAUUUUGAUCUUGCCAUCCUGACCGCUCUCUUGAAGGCCCAGACCAAGUCCUACUCGGACCAGCUCAAUAUGGCCCUAUCGUGGAACAGGGUGGACAUUGCUAAGAAACAGAUCUUUGUGCAUGGUAGAGACUGGCCGGAAGGAGUUCUUGACCAGGUGAUGAUGGAUGCGCUGACCAACAACAAGGUGGAAUUUGUCAAACUUCUCAAAGACAAUGGAGUCAACAUGCACAAGUUCUUGACCGUUGCCAGAUUAGAAGAUCUCUACAACACGAAACAAGGUCCAGCCAAUACACUGCCAUAUUUGGUCAAAGAAGUCAGAAAGCACAAUCACCAGCUGUUGAAGUACUCCCUGUACGACAUGGGUUUAGUCUUUGAGAAUCUUAUGGGAGGGACUUAUCAAUCAAGCUACACAGAUAGAAGGUUUAAAGCACUACACCAGAAUACACUUAAAAAGGGUUUAUCUUUCACCUUGCUGAUGGAGCGAGAGGUCUCGGACGGCAACGUCCCUCCCAUUGACCGCUACAUGAAGACCUUCCCCUUCCCCUUCAACGAGCUCUUCAUCUGGGCGGUCCUCACCAAGCGACAGGACAUGGCCUUGUUUCUAUGGCAACAGGAUGAGGAGGCUCUGGCCAAGGCGCUGGUUGCGACGUCGCUCUACCGUGCUAUGGCCAAGUCAGCGGAGGUCAUUAACCUGGACGCUGAUAUCAGCGGAGAGCUGAGGAGAUAUGCUCAGGAAUUCAAUGACCUGGCCAUGGACCUGUUGGAUCAGUGCUACAAGGAGGACGAGGCACUGACCAUGCAACUCUUGACCGUUCAGCUGGACAACUGGAGCAAGCAUACCGGUCUGAGUCUGGCCGCCAUGGCCCAGCAUACCAAGUUCAUGGCUCACGCGUGCUGUCAGGUCUUACUCAAUGAUCUAUGGCAUGGUGGUAUGCAGGCGCAGAAGUACAUCAACAUCAAGGUGAUAACCAGCCUUCUGUUCCCUGUCUGUAUCUUCGCCAUCGGAUUCAAGAGCACGGAGGAGCUGCUCCUCAUGCCCCAAACCCUGGAGGAACACAUGCAGGAUGUAGAGGAUGCCGACAGGCCUUCCAUUGAAUCAUCUACAUCCUUCACUAGGUUACAUAACAUCAAGGAGGAGGAAGAGAUUCCCAUGCAGUCCAUGUAUAUUUCCAAGGAGAGGAAAGGCCUUCGUCAACGGCUUACCAUGACAUCCAAGGACAUCGAUCCAAUGGAUGGACCCUUGCAUCCCCAAAAGUCAACUAGGACCACUGAGAAACGGCAGCUGAGUGGAGGGAAGAAGCUCUACGAGUUCUUCAAUGCCCCCGUCACCAAGUUCUGGUCUUACACCAUUUUCUAUGUAGUGUUCAUGUUCAUGUAUAACUAUGUGUGCCUGUUUCGGAUGGAAGCAAUGCCCUCGUUCUUCGAAUGGAUCGUCAUCCUCUACAUCAUCACCACCGGCAUGGAGCACGUCAGAGAGCUCAUGUUAGCGGAGCCCACCAAACUCUCCCACAAGUUUCGUGUCUUCUACUCGGUGUUCUGGAACAUCCACGACGUGAUUGCCAUCAUAACGUUCAUGACGGGGUUCAUCCUUCGCAUGACGCCUUCAACUCAUCUGGAAGGCCGAGUGGUCUACUGCGUGGUGAUUGUUCUAUGGUAUCUGAGGUUCCUAGAGAUCCUCAGUGUGAGCAACUAUCUGGGACCGCUCAUCAACAUGAUCGGUAAAAUGCUACGGGACAUGUGCUACUUCCUUAUAAUUUUGAUCAUCAUUCUGGUGAGCUUUGGCGUGAUCCGUCAGUCUAUCCUCAACCCAGACGUUGAGCCCUCGUGGUGGCCGAUCAGAGAGGUCCUUCACGAGCCAUACUGGAUGAUAUACGGAGAAGUGUACGCUGGCAAGAUCAAUCCUCCAUGUGGAGAAGGACCUGGCCUGGAGCCUUGUAUGACAGGUUAUUGGGUCGUUCCCGUAGCGAUGUCCAUCUACUGUUUGGUAGCCAACAUCCUCAUCGUCAACAUGCUCAUCGCCCUCUUCAACACCACAUUCCAGCGGGUGAUGCCUAUCGCCAAUCAACUCUGGAAAUUCCAGCGAUACCACGUGGUCAUGAAAUACGAGCAGAAGCCCAUCCUUGUACCGCCCUUCACAAUCAUCUACUACCUCUACUCCCUCUUCAAGUUUGUGGCCUGCCAGUGUAGAAAGUGUGAGAAGAGACAGAAGGAUAUCCGACUCAAGCUUUUCCUUAGCAGAGAGGCAACAGAUUCUGUUCGUGACUUUGAAGAAGGAUGUUUAGAACUCUAUCUCAAGGACAAAAAAUUACAAAUGCAGGUCUCUAGUGAAGAGAGACUACGAGAAAUUGCUGACAGGACUGAGGAUCAAACGUAUCAACUGGAGGAGAUUGUAGAGAAGGAGAACCUCUCCAAACUUGGUAUGAGAUCAUUUGAGCGUAGACUGAUGAGGGUGGAAGAGGCUACCUUCCAAACAUCCAGGAACAUCAUGGACAUCCGUCAGCUUCUCGUGACAAGCUUGCUGCCAGCUGAAAGCAAUGAGAACCUUCUUGGGGUCCCUGAGUCGAGACUGAAGUCUGCCAGCGAUGGCGCUCUCCAUCACGAUGCUUGGAACGGAGAGAAGGGUGCCAAGAUACGACGAUGGAAAGCAAGGAGCGGGGGCUCGUAUCCACAAACGCAAAAACCAAAGGUGCACGAUUUCGUAAAUGCAGAUAUAGAGAGUCUUUUGCAUAAAGACAGCGACCUGUUGAUGAGAAAUCCAGAAGUAAGUAUAGAGGGGGUAAGCCCUCGGACAGGACGCAGGAAACUGGUGUCCAGUAAGAACUUUGAUGAUGGAUCACUGGAGCUGAAAGCAGAGGGGGGAGUGUCAUCGAAGGACAGUAGUGCGGACUCGGAGAGAGCGCUGAUGCACCUUGACUCGCACAGUGCCGAGAGCAGCGGGGAGAGUGACCCUCGACCUCUGACCCCUGACAAGGAAGAUGGCCUCAAGACAUUCGGGUUUCCGAUAACACCAGGAUCCCCUAAGGUGAUCCUUGAGCCAGGCAGGGUUGACAUCAAGCGUAACCACAGCCACAAGGUCCUUAGACUAAGUACCUUUGAACGCUACCUGUCCAUGGUGGCUCCUCAUCAAGACAUUGAGAACCCACCUCCAGGACCGGUCAGGAGGCAAGUAGGUGCAGAGUGUGGUAGGCCCAAAGACCCUGAUAGACUACUCGGGACAACUGGAAUGAGGCAUAUAGACUCUGAGAGUAACAUGUCUGUGUACAGUACCGCCAGCGUUCAGGCUCCUAAAGUGGGAACCAUGCAGCGCCCGAUGCCCUACGUCUCCGCCCCUGUCUACUCAACCAUUACCGAUCAUAUUGAUCUCAGCUCGGUGAACGCCAACCGCCUUCAUGAGCUCGGAGCUUCCACAUCCAGCACCGGAUACAUCUCCAUGAAUGACAAUCUAGAAAACGAUGUGCCUCAAUCCCCGUCUCCUUACAUGCGUCCGGGUACAAUGGGCCUGGACUUCACGCCCUUCACCAGUCUGAGUAUACGGUCCGAAACGCUGGGUUCGCCGACGAGACCCGACCACAUGAGGGAGGUAGAGCAGGGGUGUUAUGAUAUGAUGGAUGAUAGCGACUCUGAUCAAGAUCAUCAUAGGCCUAGGACAGACAUUGAAGAUGAGGAGGAGAGUGGGAUAGAGUUUGCCGUUCAGAAGUCAUCCGGGACUAGUGAGGAUAGCAGGGAAGAGGGGUCCAGAGAAACCACUUUCUAAAUCAUUGAAGGAUUAUCUUACUCCAGGGGGGUGUUCCCAAAACUUUUCAUCAGUGACAAAUGACAGUUGUUGUUAUAAGUAGAGGAUUAUGUUAUAGCUUAAUUAACAUCAAAUUAUAACAUAAUCCUCUAAUAAGCUACUGAAAUCCUCGCUUUUGAUUGGUUAUCAGCAGAUUUGUCACUGAUUUUUGUCGUUUGUCAUUGAAAGAAGGCUUUGUGAAACGGGUCCUAGGUUUGCUUAAAAUGCACUCAACAUUAACCAGGACAAUAAAAAAAGGACAAUCUUGGAAAGAAUAUGAAGGCAAGUUAAUAAUUCAUGAUUAUCAAACCUCUGACUAAAAUUGUGCAAUUUCUUAGGCUUGCAGAGUCGCAGAGUCUUGAUACAUGUAUAUGGCAAGGUCAUGCUAAAUGUAGGUGCCAUAGUUUGCUACAUGUAUGCUGUGCUGCAGUCUGGUCCAUCACAUACAUAUAUGUAAACUACAAGACUGAAAUCCGUAUCUGUCCUGUACAACUACUACUGCCUCUGAAUAUAAUGACCAGCGAGUCUUACUUUGUGACUACAUUAGCUGAAACAGUAAAUGAAUCGCUUACCAAAGUGUGUGAUUAGUGUACAGAAUGUUGUUAUUGGGCGAACAAUUAUACACUACCCAUAUACAAUUGUUGUUUAAAAUAUUUUUUUGAAUAUAUAAUUUUUCACUUGUCCUGUAAAAAAAUGCAUUAUUUUUUUCCCCCCACGUUCACCCCCAAGAAAUGUACAUACUUGCAAGUGAGAGAAUGUAUAUAUCAUUAUAAUUGUAUUUUCAGAUGGAAUGUUUUUAAAGAUUUUGAAUAUUCUGAUAUUUUAUAAUAAAAAUAUUUAGUAGGAGUUUAAAACAAUGGAAAAAAAUUAGAGAUUGGAAAUGCACUUGAUGAUUUGACUUAUUUAAACAGAACACCACACAUAUUGCUAUGCAUAUUUGCAAUGAAAUUAGAAUGUGCAGUACUGUGAUGUAAUGUUUUGGAAAAGAUGGGGACAUUUUUGUGCAAUGGAUAUGUAUCAGGUUACAGCAUUCUAUGUCAAAUCAAAAUUUGCAUAGAACAUAUAGAAAGUUUGAUGAUUGAACAAAGGUUUAAUAUGUAAAUAUAUAGAGGGAGAGAGAGGGGGAGACAAAGAAAGAGGGAGAGAGAGAGAGAGAGAGAAGAAGAAAGAGAGAGCAGGAGAGAGGGAAGAAGAAAGAGAGAGCAGGAGAGAGAAGAAGAAA